GGUUCAUAGACCGGAAGUGCAUGUGAUGUGGAGUUUCUAUGCGCCCCCUAGGACUCAUUAGGCGCUGGACCGUGGCUGGUGGCGAGUCCUGGUAUAGAGUGGCAAAUCCCCGAUCAUGUCGACCGAACUGGUGGAAGACGAAACUCAGUUUUAUUGCAAGGCAAAGAAAUAUUGGAAAGACGUUCCUGCCACCGUCGAUGGAAUGCUCGGGGGAUACGGGCACAUAUCCAGCAUAGACAUCAGCGGCUCCAAAAAGUUUCUCCAAAGGUUCCUUCGUGAUGGCCCACACAAGAUGGGAACUUCGAAUGCUUUGGACUGCGGUUCAGGAAUCGGCAGGAUCACAAAGCGACUUCUCCUGCCCGUUUUCAAGACGGUGGAUAUGGUGGACAUUACAGACAACUUUCUUAGCAAAGCAAAGAACUACCUUGGCGAAGAUGCGAAACGAAUUGGAAACUUUUAUUGCAGUGGCCUACAGGAUUUUAGCCCUGAGCCAAAUCGUUAUGAUCUGAUCUGGGUCCAGUGGGUCAUCGGCCAUUUGACAGAUGACCACCUGGUGGCUUUCUUGAAGAGGUGUAAAAGCGGCCUACGUCCAAAUGGCAUCAUCAUCAUCAAGGAUAACAUGACCCAAGAAGGUUCCGUCAUGGACGAGGUGGACAGCAGCAUUUGCAGAGACAUGGACCUUGUAAGGAAACUCAUCCGACAGGCUGGCCUAUCUGUUUUGGCACAAGAGAAACAAGAAAACUUCCCUGAUGAAAUCUACCAUGUCUACUCCAUCGCCAUGCGAUAAACUUCUUUACCCUUGCAGGUCCAUUGUUCUGCUUUGCCAAAAAAAGAUAUACCGUAUUUAUCGGCGUAUAACACGCACUGGUGUAUAACACGCACCCCCAUUUUUGAAC